CAAAAAAACUCCAACACCAGCAUUAACAACAAUAACAACAGUUUUACUGAAAUGAAUCACUCUCUCUAUAAAUGUUUUAGAUUUCCGACUUUCCACCGUUGUCUCGGACAACAGCACGAUGUUCCGCAAAGUGAGGUACGUUGAGAUUACCGUCGCCGUGGUCGUCUUCCUGGCAACGUGCUGGCUGUUCGCGUGGCGGAUGCGCGACAUCGGCAGCUGCUACAGUUCGUCAUCGUUCACCAGUCUGGAGAGCAGGCACCUCAACCAGGAACGCGGGCCACGGAUUCCUGUGUACAUCGUGGAGGAACACCAUGAGGUGGUAAAGUACUGGUUUGAUGCUGUUCGUCAGAGUUAUAUUCCGAAAAGAGGUAAUGUUUUGAUUCAUAUAGAUGGACAUUCUGAUGGCGGAACUCCUGACCAAUGGCACACUGGGCCUCUGUUUCGAUUUCCUGUUACCCACCACGACAUUACCACGAUGAUGCAGCAAAACGACGUCUUCAUUGUAGCUGCUGCUCUGGCCGGUUUGAUAGACCGAUACAUCUGGGUGUGGCCCGCGUGGAACACACACAGCAACGAGGGACAGAGUGACAAAGAGUACGCCGCGUUUCGUGUGCGCUACGGCUCCCUGUAUCACACGGACAACGCGACGGGCCAACCCGUGCUGCAUCUGUGUGCGUGUGCCACGUCCAGCGAGUACAAACUGGACAACUACUGCUUCAUGAACAACGCCUCGGACAUAGACGACAGCGAAGGAAUACCAAUCAGAGAAUCAGAAUGCCACAUGAAGUACACGGGUCUGGUCGAGAUGGUCAGCGAGACAAAGGCAAUAUCUCUGAUUUCGUCUGGAACCUGGAUAACGGCCAAGGACAGCGUCCUGUUGGAUGUGGAUGAGGACUUCUAUGGAGUCGAGGCAGCAAUCACUCCUCUGGUCGAUGCCGGGGUCAACAAAGAAACCAUAGAUACAGUAGCCCACUGGGUCAAACGAUUGGUGUGCGCUUCGGACGUACGACAAGAGAGGCAGACGGACUCGUUUUUUAACUACUUAGUACAGACCAUUAUCGAUUUUAGAAUUGUCUGUUCCAUCAAUGAAAAGGCUGAUGACAGUGUGUGCAACAGUCUUGAGAACCUGGUCUCUGCCGUGAGCACCCUGCAACCAAAGUUCUUAGACAACAUUCGAGAGAGAAACUUGAUGCAGCACCUGUGUGACAACGAAAGCGAGGGUGCUCUGAAGGAACUCAUUACAGAACUCUGUAAUCUGAACACAGAUCAGCUGAAAGCUUUCGCAAAAGUGGGAAUCUGCCUAUACGAAAGUCCGAAAACCACGGACUUUGACAGCGAACAUAGUAUGCGAGUGUGUUACGGAUACAAUAUUCCAAACGAAACCGCAGUCAUGUUUCACAUCCCGUCCCUCUUGGAAAUAAAACAGAGGACAGAGAAACUGAAGGACAUCCUGACACAGAAACAGUUUGUUCCCGGUGCAGUGACUAUAUGUAGAUCAACUAGAGAUGGCUACACGCCAAGGGCAUUAUUUACCAAAAUUGAGUCAGACAUUAAGCGUGUACUUAGAGACGCUUUCCCCAGGAUAAGAGAGGAUUCGUUUUACUAUGACGAGGACCUGUUAGGAGGACCUGUUGGAUGGCAUGGCAGGCACUGAAGUCUUGUUAAAACAAAAUAUAGACAAUCAGAACCAAUAAUUAUAAAUAAAUUUCUUUAAAACAAAUGUCAUCCUAUUUAAAGGAUUUUGACAAAUAAAUCAAAAUAAUAAUAAUAUAGUAAAUAAGGUCCUGUAGCUAAUGCGCCUGCGCGCGCGCGUGCGCGUGUGUGUGUGUGUGUGUGUGCGUGCGUGCAGUUUGCUUCAAAACAACAGACAUAAAUUUUCGUGCAAUUACUGGAUUUUAUGUUACAAAUAAAGAAUGCAUUUGGAGGUAACUGUUCAAUAUAAAUGUAUGUUCA